ACACUCUAUAGCUAAACCACUGAAGCAAAAGCAGACGCGUUGGUCGAGUAAAAAAAAGCCAUGACAUCUGUGAGAACAAUCCUACCAUCGGUAGCUCUACUGAUUCUCAUCGCCGUAUCUACCGCGGAGAGUAUCGGAUUCGACGAGUCAAACCCGAUCCGUAUGGUCUCCGACCGUCUACGAGAAGUAGAGGAAUCCGUUGUCGAGAUCUUAGGCCAAACCCGCCACGCUCUCUCCUUCGCUCGGUUCACUCACCGGUAUGGGAAAAGGUACGAGAACGCGGAGGAGAUGAAGCUCAGAUUCUCGAUAUUCAAGGAGAAUCUGGAUUUGAUCAGAUCCACCAAUAAGAAAGGCUUGUCUUACAAACUCGGUGUCAAUCAGUUUGCUGAUAUGACGUGGCAAGAGUUUCAAAGGACCAGGCUUGGUGCCGCUCAAAACUGCUCUGCCGCUUUAAAGGGAACCCACAAACUCACGGAAGCAGCUCUUCCAGAAACCAAAGACUGGAGAGAAGAUGGUAUUGUUAGCCCAGUCAAAGACCAGGGAGGUUGUGGUUCUUGCUGGACAUUCAGCACGACUGGAGCCCUUGAAGCAGCUUACCAUCAAGCAUUUGGAAAAGGAAUAUCUCUCUCUGAGCAACAGCUUGUGGAUUGUGCCGGAGCUUUCAACAACUAUGGCUGUAAUGGUGGCCUUCCUUCCCAAGCCUUUGAAUACAUCAAAUCCAACGGGGGCCUCGACACAGAGGAAGCUUAUCCUUACACCGGUGAAGAUGGAACCUGCAAAUAUUCAGCUGAAAACGUCGGUGUACAGGUCCUUGACUCUGUCAACAUUACUCUGGGUGCUGAAGAUGAACUGAAGCAUGCGGUUGGAUUGGUACGACCAGUAAGCAUAGGAUUCGAGGUUAUACACUCGUUCCGGCUUUACAAGAGCGGAGUUUACAGUGAUAGUCACUGCGGAAAGACUCCAAUGGACGUGAACCAUGCUGUUUUGGCGGUUGGUUAUGGAAUUGAAGACGGUGUUCCAUAUUGGUUUAUCAAAAACUCAUGGGGAGCAGAUUGGGGUGACAAAGGUUACUUCAAGAUGGAGAUGGGGAAGAACAUGUGUGGUAUUGCGGCAUGUGCAUCGUACCCGGUUGUGGCCUAAGAUGAUCAGCGAAUGUCGUCUCUCAGUGAUCUGAUUACAAUCAUGUUCCCCAUAUAUAUUGGAGUAAGACAUCACUUGAAAGUCACUUGGGAGUGCAUAGUGUUUGUUUAUGCUUGUUGUAACAUAAGGUCUGUUCAUAUGUACAAAAUGAUGCAUAAACUACAGACGAUCAACUUUAUAAUGUAUCCAUGUCAAAUUUAAGGACAUACAUUUAUUUGGACC